CGCCGCGCCCCGUGGAGCCUCCGGUGGGACGGGAUGGGCAAGAGCUGCAAGGUGGUGGUGUGCGGACAGGCGUCGGUCGGGAAAACCUCGAUCCUGGAGCAGCUGCUGUACGGGAACCAUGUGGUCGGCUCGGAGAUGAUCGAGACGCAGGAGGACAUCUACGUGGGCUCCAUCGAGACGGACCGCGGCGUGCGGGAGCAGGUGCGGUUCUAUGACACGCGGGGGCUGCGUGAUGGGCUGGAGCUGCCCAAGCACUGCUUCUCCUGCACCGAUGGCUACGUGCUGGUCUACAGCACCGACAGCAAGGAGUCCUUCAAGCGUGUAGAGCUGCUCAAGAAGGAGAUCGAUAAGUCCAAGGACAAGAAGGAGGUCACCAUUGUGGUUUUGGGCAACAAGUGUGACCUGCAGGAGCAGCGCCGGGUGGACCACGAGGCAGCCCAGCACUGGGCCAAGGGCGAGAAGGUGAAGCUGUGGGAGGUGUCGGUGGCCGAUCGGCGCACGCUGAUCGAGCCUUUCAUCUACCUGGCCAGCAAGAUGACGCAGCCACAGAGCAAGUCUGCCUUCCCCCUGAGCCGCAAGAACAAGGGCAGUGGGUCCAUGGAUGGCUGAGCCUUCUGCCCCUGCCACCUCCUCAUCCUCACCUCCCUGCUCCCCUCAUACACACCUCCGGCUGAGCCUGUGUCAGAGCCUGCAGGGAGCAGGUGGCAGGAGGAACAGUUGCCCCAGGGGCUGGGGAUGGUCCUUGAGGAUGAGAGCAGUG